GCCCCCUCCCUGCCCGCCGGGUCUGUGGGUCUGUCCCGCGGCCGAGCCGUCUUCGUGGACCCUGCCCCCGGACUGGGACGGAUCCGGCUAGGCCGGCGUGGAGUGCGGACGAGGGCGCGGCGGGAAAGUUGCCCUCUGGCCUUCCCUGCCCUGCCCUCCGCCCCCCACCCGGCGUGGGAAGUAAAGAUCAAACCGAAAGGGAGGGAGGCAGGAGCUGGCGGAGUGAUGGGAAGCGCUUGAAGCGGGGCCGAGAGUUUCAAGUUUCUCGUUGUAUGGAUCACUGAUUGAAUAAUAGAUGGCUUUACCUCGACUCACAGGAGCCUUGCGCUCCUUUUCAAAUGUCACCAAGCAAGAUAAUUAUAAUGAAGAAGUGGCUGACUUACAGAUGAAGCGGUCUAAACUUCAUGAACAAAUUGUAGGCUUGGACCUGACAUGGAUGAAGAUUGUAAAAUUUUUGAAUGAAAAACUGGAGAAGAGUGAAAUGCAAAGAGUAAAUGAAGACUUAAAAGAUAUAUUACAGGCUGCAAAACAAAUAGUUGGAACAGAUAAUGGGAAAGAAGCCAUUGAAAGUGCAGCCGCGUUUCUCUUCAAGACAUUUCACUUGAAGGACUGUGUUGGUCACCAGGAGACAAAGGCUAUCAAACAGAUGUUUGGUCCCUUCCCAUCAUCAUCUGCCACUGCAGCUUGUGAUGCUACUAAUCGAAUUACUUCUUAUUUUUGUAAAGACAGUCUUACUGCUCUUGUCCAGAUGACAAGCGAUGAAUAUGGUGAUCGAGUUUUAUUUGGUAAAAAUUUAGCAUUUUCAUUUGACAUGCAUGAUUUGGACCACUUUGAUGAACUGCCAAUAAAUGGUGAAUCCCAGAAAACUAUAAGCUUGGAUUAUAAGAAGUUUCUGACCGACCACCUUCAGGAGCAUUCCACCCUGAACCGCAAGCCUGCAGAAAAAACAAACGACUCGUUUUUGUGGUGUGAAGUUGAAAAGUACUUAAAUGCAACUUUAAACGAAAUGGCUGAAGCAACAAGAAUAGAAGAUCUUUGCUGUACUUUAUAUGAUAUGCUUGCUUCUGUUAAAAGUGGUGAUGAACUUCAGGAUGAGCUGUUUGAGCUGCUGGGACCUGAUGGACUUGAACUUAUUGAGAAACUCCUCCAGAACAGAAUUACAAUUGUGGACAGAUUUCUUAAUUCUUCAAAUGAUCAUAAGUUGCAGGCUCUUCAAGACAAUUGCAAAAAAAUUUUAGGAGAAAAUGCUAAACCUAAUUACGGUUGUCAAGUCACUAUUCAGUCUGAACAAGAGAAGCAGUUAAUGAAACAGUAUCGCCGGGAAGAAAAAAGAAUUGCCAGACGAGAAAAAAAGGCCGGAGAAGAUGGAGAAACUGCAGAAGGACCCCUGUGCUUUGAUCCUAAGGAACUGCGGAUACACAGAGAGCAGGCACUCAUGAACGCUAGAAACGUUCCAAUUCUGAGCAGGCAGAGAGACACAGAUGUUGAAAAAAUACGUUAUCCCCAUGUUUAUGAUUCCCAGGCUGAAGCCAUGAGAACAUCAGCAUUCAUUGCUGGUGCAAAGAUGAUUUUACCAGAAGGAAUCCAAAGAGAGAACAACAAGAUAUAUGAAGAAGUAAAGAUUCCUUAUAGUGAACCAAUGCCAAUUGGCUUUGAGGAAAAACCAGUUUAUAUCCAAGACUUAGAUGAGAUUGGACAGCUGGCUUUUAAAGGAAUGAGGAGACUGAAUAGAAUCCAGUCAAUUGUGUUUGAGACUGCCUACAACACCAAUGAGAACAUGCUGAUUUGUGCCCCUACUGGAGCUGGAAAAACCAACAUUGCGAUGCUUACAGUUUUACAUGAAGUUCGCCAACAUUUUCAGCAAGGUGUUAUCAAAAAGAAUGAAUUUAAGAUUGUGUAUGUUGCUCCAAUGAAGGCCUUGGCAGCUGAAAUGACAAAUUACUUCAGCAAACGUCUGGAGCCACUGGGCAUUGUGGUGAAAGAACUGACUGGUGACAUGCAGUUGUCAAAAACUGAAAUUUUACGAACUCAGAUGCUUGUGACCACACCAGAAAAAUGGGAUGUAGUAACAAGAAAGAGUGUUGGAGAUGUAGCUCUUUCCCAAAUUGUAAAGCUCCUUAUUCUUGAUGAAGUCCAUUUACUGCAUGAAGACAGAGGACCAGUAUUAGAAAGCAUAGUGGCACGAACUUUACGGCAGGUUGAAUCCACGCAGAGUAUGAUAAGAAUUCUUGGACUGUCUGCUACCUUACCCAACUACCUCGACGUUGCUACAUUUUUACAUGUUAAUCCCUGCAUUGGACUUUUCUUCUUUGAUGGCCGUUUUCGACCUGUUCCUCUUGGACAGACAUUUCUAGGGGUUAAAAGUGCAAAUAAGGUGCAGCAGUUGAAUAACAUGGAUGAAGUAUGCUAUGAAAGUGUUUUGAAGCAAGUAAAGGCUGGACAUCAGGUGAUGGUGUUUGUACAUGCCCGAAAUGCCACUGUAAGAACAGCUAUGUCUCUAAUAGAGAGAGCCAAGAAUAAUGGCCAGAUUUCCUACUUUUUAACUACUCAAGGACCUGAUUAUGGACAUGCAGAAAAACAGGUGCAAAAGUCAAGAAAUAGACAAGUACGAGAAUUAUUUCCAGAUGGUUUUAGUAUUCAUCAUGCAGGCAUGCUCCGGCAGGACAGAAAUUUGGUUGAAAGCUUGUUUUCUAAUGGGCAUAUCAAAGUCCUAGUCUGCACGGCGACGUUAGCCUGGGGUGUCAAUCUUCCUGCUCAUGCUGUUAUUAUUAAGGGAACACAAAUAUAUGCUGCAAAAAGAGGCUCCUUUGUUGACCUUGGAAUUUUAGAUGUCAUGCAGAUAUUUGGUCGAGCCGGAAGACCACAAUUUGACAAAUUUGGAGAAGGAAUCAUCAUAACAACCCAUGAUAAACUCAGCCAUUACCUCUCUUUGCUCACUCAACAAAACCCAAUUGAGAGCCAGUUUCUAGAAAGCCUUGCAGAUCAUCUAAAUGCAGAGAUUGCUCUGGGAACGGUUACUAAUGUGGAAGAAGCAGUGAAGUGGAUAAGCUACACUUAUCUUUAUGUACGGAUGAGAGCAAAUCCAUUAGUAUAUGGCAUCAGCCACAAGGCUUAUCAGAUUGACCCAACAUUAGCAAAGCACCGAGAACAGUUGGUCAUUGAAGUUGGACGGAAACUAGACAAAGCUCGGAUGAUUCGUUUUGAGGAGCGAACUGGAUAUUUCUCCUCAACUGAUUUGGGUAGAACUGCUAGCCACUACUAUAUUAAGUACAACACUAUUGAGACCUUCAAUGAACUCUUUGAUGCUCACAAAACAGAAAGUGAUAUUUUUGCUAUAGUCUCCAAAGCUGAAGAAUUUGAUCAAAUCAAGGUCAGAGAAGAGGAAAUAGAGGAGUUAGAUACCUUAUUAAGCAAUUUCUGUGAACUCUCAGCUCCUGGAGGUGUAGAGAACAGUUAUGGGAAAAUAAACAUCCUGCUUCAAACUUACAUCAGCCGAGGGGAGGUGGACAAUUUCUCCCUCAUAUCAGAUUCUGCAUAUGUUGCACAGAAUGCAGCUAGAAUUGUCCGUGCUCUUUUUGAAAUUGCUUUGAGGAAACGCUGGCCUGCCAUGACCUACAAGCUCCUGAAUCUUAGUAAAGUCAUUGACAAGAGGCUUUGGGGUUGGACUAGCCCUUUGAGACAAUUUUCAGUCUUACCACCACACAUUCUAACAAGAUUAGAAGAAAAAAAUCUUACUGUGGAUAAGCUGAAAGACAUGAGGAAAGAUGAAAUAGGUCACAUUCUGCAUCAUGUGAAUAUUGGGCUCAAGGUCAAGCAAUGUGUUCAUCAGAUUCCUUCUGUAACGAUGGAAGCAUCCAUUCAGCCCAUCACACGGACUGUCCUCCGAGUGACGCUUAGCAUCUCUCCUGAUUUCUCUUGGAAUGAUCAGGUCCAUGGGACAGUAGGAGAACCCUGGUGGAUUUGGGUAGAAGAUCCUACAAAUGAUCAUAUUUAUCAUUCAGAGUAUUUCCUAGUUCUAAAAAAACAGGUCAUUAGUAAAGAAGCUCAACUACUGGUAUUUACAAUCCCUAUUUUUGAGCCUUUGCCUUCCCAAUACUACAUCCGAGCGGUGUCUGAUCGAUGGUUAGGAGCUGAGGCUGUAUGUAUUAUCAACUUUCAACAUCUGAUUCUACCAGAGAGACAUCCUCCCCAUACAGAAUUACUGGAUCUUCAGCCUUUACCUAUCACAGCUUUGGGCUGUGAAGCAUAUGAAGCCCUGUACAACUUCAGCCACUUUAACCCUGUGCAGACACAAAUAUUUCACACGCUGUAUCACACAGACUGUAAUGUCCUACUUGGAGCACCCACUGGAUCAGGAAAGACUGUUGCAGCUGAAUUAGCCAUUUUCAGAGUCUUCAACAAGUACCCUACUUCAAAGGCAGUAUAUAUUGCACCCUUAAAGGCCCUAGUACGUGAACGAAUGGAUGAUUGGAAAGUUAGAAUAGAAGAAAAACUUGGUAAAAAAGUUAUUGAACUGACAGGAGAUGUAACUCCUGAUAUGAAAUCCAUUGCCAAGGCUGACCUUAUCGUGACCACACCAGAGAAGUGGGAUGGAAUCAGCCGAAGCUGGCAAAAUAGGAACUAUGUAAAGCAAGUCACUAUUCUCAUCAUAGACGAGAUCCAUCUGCUGGGGGAGGAAAGAGGCCCUGUUCUAGAAGUCAUUGUAUCUCGAACGAAUUUCAUCUCAUCCCACACAGAAAAGCCUGUUAGGAUAGUUGGACUAUCCACUGCAUUAGCUAAUGCCAGAGACCUUGCUGACUGGCUCAAUAUUCGUCAGAUGGGCUUGUUCAACUUCCGACCAUCAGUACGCCCAGUUCCACUGGAAGUUCACAUUCAGGGUUUCCCAGGUCAACAUUACUGUCCUCGUAUGGCUAGUAUGAAUAAGCCUACAUUUCAGGCAAUUAGAAGCCAUUCUCCAGCCAAGCCUGUUUUGAUAUUUGUCUCAUCAAGACGUCAAACUCGUCUUACUGCUUUGGAAUUGAUAGCCUUUCUAGCUACUGAAGAAGAUCCAAAGCAGUGGUUGAAUAUGGAUGAAAGAGAAAUGGAGAAUAUCAUUGGAACAAUAAGAGAUUCCAACCUGAAGCUGACACUUGCUUUUGGAAUAGGAAUGCAUCAUGCUGGGUUGCAUGAAAGGGACCGAAAAACAGUAGAGGAACUAUUUGUAAAUUGUAAAAUUCAGGUUCUUAUUGCUACAAGUACAUUAGCCUGGGGUGUAAACUUUCCAGCUCAUUUAGUAAUUAUUAAGGGAACAGAAUAUUAUGAUGGAAAAACACGACGAUAUGUGGAUUUUCCUAUUACAGAUGUACUCCAGAUGAUGGGGCGUGCUGGGAGGCCUCAGUUUGAUGACCAAGGCAAAGCUGUAAUUCUGGUUCAUGACAUAAAGAAAGACUUUUACAAAAAGUUUCUUUAUGAACCUUUCCCAGUAGAAUCAAGUUUAUUAGGAGUGCUGUCUGACCAUUUAAAUGCAGAGAUUGCUGGUGGUACAAUAACAUCUAAGCAAGAUGCAAUGGAUUAUAUUACCUGGACUUACUUUUUCCGCCGUCUUAUCAUGAACCCCAGCUACUACAAUUUGAGUGAUGUGAGCCAUGAUUCUGUGAACAAGUUUCUGUCCAAUCUGGUUGAGAAGUCUCUGGUUGAGCUGGAACAUUCCUAUUGUAUUGAAAUUGGAGAGGAUAAUCGGAGUAUUGAGCCUCUGACGUAUGGCCGCAUUGCCUCUUAUUACUAUUUGAAGCACCAAACAGUUAAAAUGUUCAAGGAGCGUUUGAAACCUGAAUGUGGGACUGAAGAAUUGCUUUCAAUUCUAAGUGAUGCAGAAGAAUAUACUGAUUUGCCAGUAAGACACAAUGAAGAUCAUAUGAAUAGUGAACUGGCAAAAUGUCUUCCCUUGGAAUCGAAUCCUCACUCAUUUGACAGCCCUCACACCAAAGCACACCUCCUACUGCAGGCACAUCUCAGCCGGACCAUGCUGCCCUGCCCGGAUUAUGAUACUGAUACCAAGACAGUGUUGGACCAAGCUCUCCGAGUAUGCCAGGCGAUGCUGGACGUGGCUGCCCACCAGGGCUGGCUGGUGACCGUCCUGAACAUCACCAACCUGGUGCAAAUGGUGAUCCAGGGGCGGUGGUUGAAAGACUCCUCCCUCCUAACAAUACCACACAUAGAAAACCACCAUCUGCACAUUUUCAGGAAAUGGAGCCCAGGUGUGAAGGUUCCACGUGCUGGUUACCACGGGUCCAUUGAGUGCCUCCCGGAGCUGAUCCAUGUCUGUGCAGGGAAAGACCAUGUAUUCAGCUCCAUGAUAGAAAAAGAGCUACCAGCCCCAAAAAUGAAGCAGGCAUGGAAUUUCUUAUCUCAUUUGCCAGUGAUCGAUGUUGGCUUGAGUGUUAAAGGCUGGUGGGAUGACGCCGCAGAGGGACACGACGAGGUCUCCAUCACAACUCUGGCUUCAGACAAGCGCAGCGACAACAGAUGGGUCAGGUUGCAUGCUGAUCAAGAGUAUGUGCUUCAAGUCAGCCUGCAGAGAGUCAGCCUCGGGUUCCACAAGGGAAAGCAAGACAGCCAUGCAGUUACUCCUCGAUUUCCCAAAUCGAAGGAUGAAGGAUGGUUUUUGAUAUUAGGAGAAGUGGAUAAGAGAGAGCUUAUCGCUUUGAAAAGAGUGGGCUAUGUCCGAAGUCAUCACGUGGUCUCCAUCUCUUUUUAUACCCCUGAAGUACCCGGAAGGUAUAUCUACACACUGUAUCUCAUGAGCGACUGCUACCUGGGCCUGGACCAGCAGUACGACAUCCACCUCCACGUCACACCGGCCAGCAUCUCCGCACAGGCCGACGAGAUCUCUGAUGCCCUGACUGACCUCAGAGUGAAGUAACCCAACCCAGACCAUCCAUUUGAAAGAAGUGGUGGAGGAGCCUGGCUGUUCAGUCAUCUGGACAAAGUCGAAUUACCUGACGUUUGCCUCGGAGGAACCAACUUCCAACCUCAAGAUGCAGCAGAAAUUGGCAAUGGCUGCAGCUCUGAUUCCAGCAACACAAGUCAGCUGCGGGGUGGGAGGGGUGCUUUUCACAAAUGUUGCCUUUUUUUAAGUGUUGACUUCAUGGAUCACCAGAUAUGUAAAGUGACUACGCCCAUAGGAGGAUCUUUUAGUUUGUGUAUAUUGAGAUGCUAUUUAGGAAUUAUCAAAUUUUACAUUUUACAGUGUACUGUUUACAAGAACAUCGGCUUCUCUUUUUUUAAGGAAAACUACACAGGGGACUGACAGUGUUCAGAUUUGUUAGAAGAGAUUUCUAACCAGAUUUCUGUACAGUGACACACAGUGCCUGUUGUGUUGCAAAAUUUAUACUUUGAUCACAUAUAGAAGUAAUUUCAAGAAUUUCUUAUAAAUGUUAAUAAUAUAUGAUGUAAAAUUACAUUAUAGAGCCCAAUGAUGAUUUAAAGGAAAGCAGAAUAUACUGGUCUUAAAAUGUAGAUACUGUAACUGGUGGAAAUAAAAUAUUUAGAAUGCCACUUCAAGACAGCCUGACUCACCCCCUCUGCCUCCUUCCAUCACAGCCCCUCUGACUUAUUUCCUUCUCUGUCGAGACGUCACUUCCAUUCUCUUUCUGAUAGUUUAUUUAUACAAGGAGAGACAUACAGUCUCAUUCACACAGACCUCAUAGUUCAAGUCUUUGUCUUUAUGCUCUUCAGGAUGGGCCUGAGGCAAACCUAGAAAAUGUUCAACCCCUGUAGGUAGGUUUUCACCUUUGAUAAAGGACAUUUCUCUCUACCCAAACAAUUUCUGUCUUGAAAGAUACUAUUUCCCAACUAAAAAGUUGUUGGAUUAAAAUGUCCAUAUAACAUACAUUUUCUAGUGAAAUGAUAUUCUACCUUUGCAAAAUAAUUUCAGUUGUUCCUGGUCCUGCAGUGAUUUGGGGGGUUGGCAGGGGGGAGAUGACACUGUGUCACAUGUGGGAUCUUAGUUCCCUGGCCAGGGAUUGAACCCACAUCCCCUGCAUUUGAAGCACAGAGUCUUAACCACUGGACCACCAGGGAAAUCCCUGUGAUGAAUUAAUUAUUUUAAAAUAUUUUCAAUGUAACCACCGCAAGUACUGGAAUUUAAAACUUUUUCUGAAACUGAAAAAUGUGUACCUCCCUUUCCAUACCGAAAAAAAAAAAAAGCCGGGGGUGGGGGGUAUGUGGCGGUAGAAGCAGGCAUUCACUUCCCCACAUUAAAUCUAAGCAACUGAUACGAACAUACCAAGUGCUAUGGGCAUGAGGUGAACAAUGGGCUCUAGUCUCAGGAGUUUACUUCAUAUAAAGAGAUCUUUCUACCUUUCGUUUGGCAGUUUAUUUCCUACUUGCAAUUCAUACCUAAGCUCUGUUGAAGUGAAAUUAAAAGAAAGUGAAAAUUAUAUAGAGACAGAUGAUUAGCAGUUCAUACAAGAACCUGAAAAGAACUCAUUGUCUUCAUGUUUAUCAGCAUCAUUCUUUUUUUUCAAUGAGAGCUGGCUACUUUGGGGAAGUAGGAAGUCCACUGGAUAUGUGGCAGAGAACAUAGGAGCAAUAGGAAAGAAUGUCAUGUCCAUUAAGAGAAAACACAUGACUAAUUAAUUUUAACAUUGAAAGUGAUGAGUUCACAAUAAGCUAAGAAGACACUAGUAAGACAAGGUGUGCUUAGAUGGAAAAGUUCAUCUUAUUCCAAUGAGUGACCAAUGCUAUUUGUCUAUAGCUUUAUCCUCACUCAUUACUCAACCAAAAUUUUAGAGUUAAGUGUGCACUAUCAUAUAGGACAUGUGCUAACCAUUAGAUUAAUUCCAUAUUUCAUUUUUAAUUCCAUAUUUCAUGUUAUAUUCCCUUGGAUUUUAUCGACUCCAAAUAGUAAUGGAAGUGCCAGUCAGAUAUUCAGUCUAGGUAUGACGUUGAGUACUCUGAAAUCUACAUGAAUCAGAAACGUGUCCUCAGACAGGUGGCCUGGUGAUGAAAAGAUAGGUAUUAUCGAUGACUGUAAAAAGGAAGUCACUGCAGUGGUGAAAUAUUUGGAAAAGCCAUGAAGGGACAUUUAGGCUGAGUCUUGAAGGAGAUUUAUGAAGAUGGUCAGAGAUGACAGAGAAGACCCCUCCAGAUAGACCAGCAUUAACAAAGGCUCUGAGAUAGCCUGGGAUGUCCAGUUGGUCUGCAUUUUCAGAGAUGAGAAAGGGGCUGAGCCUACAAAAAUGACAAGGUUGUGAAUACUUACCUUGAAUUACAGGGUAAGAGUUGCAAAGCUUAUAUAAGUGAGCGUAAUGGAAUUCCUUGAGAAGGCACCAGAAAAGAUGAGAAGGAAUUCUGAGACUAGGACAGAGAACCAGUCGAAUUGGAGGGUGUGCCCCCAUACCUGUGGAUGCAUGCCAACAAAAUUGAGACUUGCCUCAGAUUCUGACGUGACUAGUAGCUUAUAAAACUACUCAUUCGGUAGCCUUGGAAAACUACACAUCACUUCCCAAGCACACUCUUCACAGCUUCCUCCAGUUGCUUACACCAAUACCUGGGGGUCAGUCCUCGAGUCCCCCUCUUGCUCACUCCCUGCUACUCCGUGAAUGUCCUGUGGACCGCGGCUGCUGCUGCUCCCUCAGCCUGGCUCUCUCCCCAGACACCCACAGGCCUAACCGUCACCCACCCGAGCUCACCUAGCCCAUCACCCUUUCCUGUUUUUUCUUAUCACCACUAAUAAAAAUUAUUUGUUUAUUAGUCUCUCCAACUACGUUUCCUGAUUAAGCUUCAGGAAGCGUUCUUUAUCACUUUCGUUCAGGGCACAUUACCAGGACCUACAACAUCACCUGGCACAUGGUCACAGCCUGAUAAAUCCUUGCUGAGAGACUUCCAUGGUGGUGUAGUGGCUAAGACUCUGGGCUCCCAAUGCAGAGGACCGGGGUUCAACCCCUAAUCAGGGAACUAGAGCCCAGGUGCCACAGCUAAGACCCAAUGCAGUCAAAAAAUAUAAAAAAAUAUUCUUGCUGAAUGUCUAAAUGAAUAGAGACAACCAUGGAUUUUAAAAUACCACGCACCUAGUUCACUUCACACCUCCUCUUCUAGAGAUGGCAAAUACUGUCAGACUCAACCAAGAACACGGACUUGCCUGAUCAUCCUGUCACCUGCCAACAAAGGAGAAGCGUCCUGAAAACUGAUUGAUAGCUUUAUUAUGAUGAAGAUUCUGGAAUAUUUUUAUAUACCAGUUGAUCUUGGGUAUUACAAGUAUGUGAAAACUUCAAAUCAUCAUAAAACCUUUUUAGCCUGAA